CUCAGGUGACCACGUGGGAGUCGAAGAUAGCGGCUCUGCCACCUUGAUGCCACCACAGUGGGUAUCACGGGCAGUACUAUCCAGAACUUUCAUACACCACAGUCGACUCUGAGCUUGCUCUGAGCAUUUACUGGCCUUUACAAUCGUUUCCAGACGGGACGCAAGUUCACCGUCUGUGCAUGCUUCAUGGCCACACCUGCAGCCUUCUCCCGACUUCAAUUAGCCGCAGCGCUACUAGAGUAUGAUAAUGAUCCAACAAAUCCUGACCUGCCUCUGGUCUCCGCCCAUGACAGUGCUAUCUUCGCUCAUCUCCGACGAGACCCUCGUAAGAGCACUGACUACCUCGGAGUGUCUGUGCCCAGUGAAGCAGGCGAUUCUACCCCGGGACACCGAAGGUCUAGAAGCUCCAUUGACGGACUCAGAAACCCUUUCGGAGCUGAUGAUGACGAGGAGCUCGAUGACGAGGAAGCCGGCGAGGUAGACCUCGCUUCAUGGGGCCUUGACCAAUUCAUCAAGGACAAAGCUAAAGCCAAGGGAAAGGGAAAGGCGAAGGCCAAGUCAGAGGUGCUGCCCAAUCCUCAUCCAGUAGCAGUGAUGCAUCGAAAUGCCCGAAGCGCUAUAGAUGAUGGUCCUCGGGGAAGGUCGUCCCGACCAAUGAGUAUCGGGACCAUGGAUGACUUUGGCGUUGGAGGUGCCUUCUUGGACGCUGAGAACACUGCUGGUUCAGACAUCGCUCGCCCUCGAUCUUCUGCUGAUUUAGAACGGAUGCAAUCCCCUCAGCGUCCAUUGCCACGCCGCCGUGAGUCCGGCCACGCUCUCAUCGAGACGCUAUCUGUUGCACCCCCUCUUCAUUCUGUUCCGUUCCCGUCUGUCUCAAUUCGAGAUGGCUCUCCCGGUGGAGAAAGACCUGCUUCACGUGCUUCACGUUUAGACUUACAUACCCGUACUCAAUCCGACACUAGUAUGGGCUCAAGGAACCUUCUUAAUGGCGUAGAUGUCGAUGCGGACAGCAGUCCCUUUUCUGUCCGACCCCCAUCACCCGACCGUGCAUCACGGUUUGAUCCCAAAGUCAAUCACGGGAGAACAGUGUCUAAUGCAACGAUGGGUACUAUGGCAUCCAAGAAUCUGCUUGCAGAGGAGAAUCCCUUUGCUGUGAGACCUCCCUCUCCUUCCCGGUUGUCACGAUUUGAUCCCAAAGUUCGUGUGCGAACAAUGUCCGUUGGGUCAAUGGGUACCCGGGUCCUCAUUGAUAAUGACACCGAAGCAGAGUCACAUAGGGAUCGGCCUUACUCCACCGUCGAGCUACUUAGGCCAAAGAUCCUGGUUAUGCCAAGCCCGUUGCAAAACGUGGCUCCUCCCCCUCCUCCUCCCCCUUCUUUCACACCUAGAGUUGGGUUUGAGACAUCUACAGAUGGUCCACCCUUGCCUCCAGGUGCUCGCUCUGCGAACCGUUCAUCGACCUCUUUAACGAAUUACAUGACCCCAGUGUCGGCACCCAUAGCAUCUAAUUCUUUCACUCCUAACCCUCGAGCAAGUCUUACACUGUCUCAGCUCGCUUUUCGCAACACGCUCGUUGUUGGAGGACAAAGAGAUAUUGCGUAUUCUGACAUUGACCGUCGUCUUCCUCGAGCGAUGAAAGACGGUGAACAAGCGAAGUUCGAAGAACCAGAGGAAGAAGAGUCUCCUGUGCCCGCUUCAAUACCCCUCCCCCCUGCCCCUCCUCCCACUGACGUUGAAAUGAAGCGUCCAGCUGGGAGGCUCUAUGGAAGGAGUUUGAUAGACAAUCUAGAACAUCGCAAAGCGGAGAUCAAGCAGAAAGCUCGUGUCUUCACUGGUGAUGAAAGACCAUCAAUGAUGGUCCGGGGUCAGAUUCGCCGAUCGGGUACUCUCAUUGACCCUCAGACGCUUGGUCGUCCUCCUUCACAGAAUCUUGACAAUGCGAUCACUCCAAACCCUCGCCAGUCCCUCUUGCGCAGGAACUCCUCUGGUGGCAAGCCUCUCCUGGACAUGGAUGGAGAAAAGCCUCCCACGAAUCUUGGUCCAGGGGCAGAGCAGCUCUUAUCUAAAAGUCGCUCUGUUUUUGGUGUGGAUACGCUGUGGGAUCUUGAAAUGGUCAAGUUGAAAAAAAUGGAGGCGGAGGAGAAAGCUGAAGCUGAAGUGCGGAAGAAGCGGGAAGAUGAUGAAGAGGAGCGCCGGAGUAAGAAAAAGAAGAAAGCCAAAUCGAAGGGAAAAGGUGGCGACAUUCCGCUAGAGUCCACUUCCUCACCCGACCUCCCCUCUGGAUCACGAGUAGGCUCGGCCCCUCCCACUCUGCCUGCCAUCCAGAAGCCCGUUUUUAAGCGCGCUCCGCAGGUCGACGACGAGAGCGAAAGUGACAGCGACAAUGAUGAUGCUGUCCCAAAAGCAACUCUCGAAAAAGCUGCUGAUCGCUGGGUUACUGAGUCUUCGGACGAAGAAGAUGGGCCCAGACGAACCACUGGGGUUGGACUACGACAUUUAUCCAACGGCAAUGUAUCUGCUCCUCAUUUUCCACAAGCACAUGGCGGUGAUAGCGAGGAAGAUCUUCCUUUGACAGCUGCUGCUCAGCGUGUCGUGAGGCGAGCGUCGCAAUUGGGAUCGUUGGGCAUUGAUGAUGAUUCAGAAGAAGACAUGCCGCUGACGGCGGCAGCAGCUAGGAUUGUCAAACGGGCCACUCAGCUUUCGCAUCAUGCAGACGAUGAUGACGACGAGGACAAGCCCCUGGUAGACGUCAUCAACAGAGCCAGAUCAGUUAACUUCGAUGGUCGAUCCCGCGCGGAUGAAGAUGAGGACGAGCGGCCGCUCGGUUUACGAGCCUCUAGAUUACCACUGGCCUCUCAGACAUCGUUGCCUUUCAUUGGCGGCGAAGAAGACGACGACAAACCAUUGGCCUUCCAUCCCGAGCAACAACGUCGAACACAGUGCCAGAUGUUCGCCCAGGCUCAGCAGCAGCAGCAACAAUUGAUGAUGCAAGCUCAAAUGCAGAACAGCAUGUUUUUCAACCCCGCCAUGAUGGGAUCUGGCGUGUUUACGCCUAUGGCUGUCCCUCCGAUGAUGAUGGGCGUACCAAUGGCUCCCCCUUCACCUCCCCCAGCGCACGAUGCUGGCAAGUAUGGUCGUGUGGAUAGAUGGCGACGCGAUGUUGCUGUGGAGGGUGACAGCUGAGUAGUCGGGGUUAGGUUUGUUUCUUUGGCUUCAUAUUUGAUUAGAUCGCAGGAUUUUUAUGGACACUCUUUGAACACUCGCUCAUUUUUCGCAAUUCUAGUUAGUCCUUUAAUGUCCGUUGCAUACAGAAUUACAUCGGUAUAGUUGAGAU